AUGCUGGUGGAGCUGGCCGCUCUGGCAGACAAGUACCAGGUCUUCGCAGCCGCGGAUUUCUUUCAAAAGACCGCCUUGCGCACAAAGGCCUUGGAGAAGAUCUGGAUCCAUCCAGCCAAGGCGUUGAAGCAUCGGCCGGUGCUCAGGCCCGAGCUCUUGAAGGAGAUCCUGGACUUCAAUUUCCUGUGCAUAGAAGAUGCAGCCAUUGUGCAGGUGCUUCGAGGUUGGGGCAUCAAGGAAGACUUGCUCCAGCCUCUAGUGGAAGCUUUGGAGGCCCGGGUGCAGGCAACAAUCUUUGAGUUUCAGCCUGCACGAAAGCCUGGCGAGUACUCCGAGAAUUUGCUGUUCAACUUGUGGUCUCGCUAUUGCAAGGCUGGGGAGAGGGGCGCCUUCUUGGGCUACUGUGUUGUUGUGACCCUCGGGCCGCAGCAAGCGGAUAUGCUCUCCGAUAGAAGCCUGACCGAAAUUGGGAGGUCUGGCAACAUCGGCGGCCUCUGCCAGGGUUGGAUCAAAUGGGAGCUCCCUCACUCACAUGUCUUUGUCAUGGACCUAGGUUUCUCAUGCAAGAUCACUAGUGCAGUGUCGUUCCAGAUCCUGUGUUCAGAAGAUGGUGAUGCAUGGCACUUGGCUCACGAGUCAAAGGGACAAGACAUUGCGGCCAGUGUCGCGCUGCCUUGCAAGCUGCCACUGGGCUGGGUGAAGUGCUUCAAGGUGCAGGUUCUGGCUGGUCAGAUGCCUGCUUAUAAGUGUUGUUUGCGCAUCCGCGGCAUCUUCCAGACAGACUGA